AUGGAAAAUCAAUGGACUACUGGUCUUUGCAGCUGCAUGGAAGACGGCAAAACUGUUUGCCUCACAUGCUUUUGCCCGUGCGUCACUUUUGGUCGAAUCGCGGAUAUUGCCGAUGAAGGAAGUACCGGUUGUGGAAGAUGUGGGAUGUUUUACGGACUGAUAUGCUUUGUGGUCGCUUUACCAUGCUUGUUCUCAUGCACCUACCGGACCAAGAUCCGAAACAAAUUCGGGUUACGGGAGUCUCCAGCUUCGGAUUGUCUCACUCAUUGCUUUUGUGAAUGUUGUGCUCUUUGCCAAGAAUACCGUGAACUCCAAAUCCGUGGUCUUGACCCUGCUCUUGGAUGGAAUGGGAAUAUGCAACGGGCGGUGUCUCCUCCUAUGGGUCAACACAUGAUGGGUUGA